AAGGGUUAUAAAGAGGACCAGAGGCUGACAGUGAAAAGACCUGGGGGUAAGAGUUCCCAGCUUAGCCCUGCUUCCCCGGGUUCCCAGAAAUCUCAGAUCAGAGGGCACCGUCGGUGUCUGGCGCUCUUGUCUGGUGGGCACCAUGCAGUGGCAGCAGCUGUGGCUGGGUGUCUUACUUGCCAUGACAGUCUCCGGCAGGGCUCUGGGGCCUGCAGAGAAGGAGGCAGUUGUGGAUUACUUGCUGCAGUAUGGGUAUCUACAGAAACCUCUAGAAGGACCUAAUCACUUCAGGCUAGAAGAUGUCACGGAGGCUUUGAGAGCUUUUCAGGAAGCAUCUGAACUGCCAGUCUCAGGUCAGAUGGAUGAUGCCACAAGGGCUCGAAUGAAGCAGCCUCGUUGUGGUCUGGAGGACCCCUUCAACCAGAAGACUCUUAAAUACCUACUUCUUGGCCGCUGGAGAAAGAAGCACUUGACCUUCCGUAUCUUGAAUCUACCCUCCACUCUCCCACCAUCCACAGCCCGGGCAGCCUUGCUUAAAGCUUUCAAGUACUGGAGCAAUGUGGCUCCCCUGACCUUCCGGGAAGUGCAGGCUGGCUGGGCGGACAUCCGGCUCUCCUUCCAUGGCCGCCAAAGCCCAUACUGCUCCAACACCUUUGAUGGGCCAGGGAGGGUCCUUGCCCAUGCUGACAUCCCAGAGCUAGGCAGUGUGCACUUCGAUGAAGAUGAGCUCUGGACUGAGGGCACGUACCGGGGAGUGAACCUGCGCAUCAUUGCAGCUCACGAGCUAGGCCAUGCCCUGGGACUUGGGCACUCCCGAUACACCCAGGCACUCAUGGCUCCUGUGUACGCUGGCUACCGGCCCUUCUUCAAGCUGCACCCAGAUGACGUGGCAGGGAUCCAGGCUCUCUAUGGCAAGAAGAGCCCAGAGACACGUGACAAGGAAGAGGAACAGGUGGCUGUGCCCACCGUAUCUCCAGUGACCACAGAACCCAGUCCUAUGCCAAACCCCUGCAGUGGUGAACUGGAUGCCAUGAUGCUGGGGCCCCGUGGGAAGACCUAUGCUUUCAGGGGGGACUACGUGUGGACUGUGACAGAUUCAGGGCUGGGUCCUUUGUUUAGAGUGUCUUCCCUUUGGGAGGGACUCCCAGGGAACCUGGAUGCUGCGGUUUAUUCUCCUCGAACACAAUGGAUUCACUUCUUUAAGGGAGACAAGGUGUGGCGCUACAUUAAUUUCAAGAUGUCUCCUGGCUUCCCCAAAAAGCUGAACAGAGUAGAACCCAACUUGGAUGCAGCUCUGUAUUGGCCUCUUAACCAAAAGGUGUUUCUCUUUAAGGCCUCAGGAUACUGGCAGUGGGACGAGUUGGCCCAAACUGACCUUAGCCGCUACCCCAAACCAAUCAAGGAAUUAUUUACCGGAGUACCAGACCACCCCUCGGCGGCUUUGAGCUGGCGUGAUGGCCGAGUGUACUUCUUCAAGGGCAAAGAGUACUGGCGCCUCAACCGGCAGCUUCGAGUGGAGAAGGGCUAUCCAAGAAAGAUAGCUCACAACUGGAUGCACUGUCGUCCCCAGACCCCAGGCACGAGCACCUCAUCAGCUCGGGACAGCACUCGUUCAACCACGGACACGGUCUUGGACAACACUCCCUCGACCAUGUAUACUACUGCGGACACUGACUACUCACCCACAGGCUCAACCUUUGACAUUACUCGCUCAGCUGUAGACUCUACCACUGUCACUCCCCAUUAACGUCACCCACCCAGGGGCCUGAGAACCAGUCAAUGUCUGCUCACUAGAACUAUGCAGGGUACAGGACAGGCAUGUCUAUGGACUCGUGCCUCUGAAAGUUCCAACUCUGGUCACCUUCCUGGGCUCCUUCCUUCCUAGGAGGUGGCCCCUUAACUCUGAUUCAGUCACCAAUGCCACUCAUUUUCUCCUCGCCUUAGCGUUUCCAGCUGUGUCAUCUGCUCUACAAUGGUGGGGGGAAUUGCCAAUCAGAUCUUUUUAACAGCUGGGUGCCUGGGUCCUUUUCUUUCUACGUAAUGUGCAGGUAGGCAGUAUGGCCAGUAAAAUGAACACGGGCUUCAGACUCCCUGAGAAUCACAUUCACUUGGCUGUGGCUUUCAGCAAGCUAAUUAAUCUCAUUGAAACUUGGAUUCCCAUUAGCAAAGUAAGUUAAUACCAAUUCUCUAGAGUUGUUGUAUUAAGUGAUAUACUAUAUGUGAAGUGCCUGACAGAGGCUGGCACAUUCGUAUUUAAUAAAGACUAACUCCAUGUUCCUAA